GGGGGUAGUGAUGGAGAGGCAGGAAGGAACGCCAUGGAAGGGGGGACGAGAGGAACCCAAAGCAUUUGUGGGUAUCUGUGGUGGCAACGGUCUGCUCAUGGAAGAGGAUGACUUCCCAGAGGUUCAGAACAAAGAGCAAGAUGGUGAUUUUCAUUCCCAAAACAGCCCAUGAGAGGGUGAAGAAACCAUUUGCCGUUACUGCUAUCGCUACGUUGGCCGGUGGAGCUGGAAGGAGCAGGUUCGAUUAUGGUUUUAUCUAUGCAGCUUUACGCAGUAUGUGGUCAGGGAUGCCUUUGAAAAUAGAAGCAACCAGCAAACUUCGCAUAUGGGUUCGCCUUCCUGAUCUCCCAACUGAACUCUGGAAGCCGAAUAACUUUAGGCUCAUUGCUGGUUUCAUGGGAGCAGGGUUUGCAGAGUCAGAUGCUUACACAAAAGAAAUAGCUAUAAUAGGUUAUGCGAGAAUCCAGAUUGAAGUACCGCUUGGAUUCCACCCAGUUCUGGAGGUCAAACUGGGGUUUGAAGAGGUGCGUAAAGGUGUAGCUGCUGGUGACCCUCUUGCUAAGGAACAUGAGGAAGAUGAGUGGAAACAUGUCAAAAUAACUAAAAGAAGCCAGUGUUAGCUUGGAAGGAAUUCUCCUAAGGAGGGCUGGAAUAACAGAUACCAGGCUCUACAAAGGGAACAUGAAUCCUCUAGCCACAAAGUUAAACUGGACGAGGAGCAACUGCCGCAUGAUCUAAUCAAAGAGAAGAUGGAAGUGUGUAUGGAGGAACAAACUGAUUGUAUGGCACACGACAGACUUAGGUCAGAUAUUUGUAUGGCUCAAGAACCUCCAAUGGAGGUGGAACAGAAAGUGGAGGAGGAAUGCAAGAAUACAGGCUCCAAGUCUAGCCAAGGGAGGGCAGAGCUCCUUAUGAGGAAGAAGAAAAAAGGCCUGCAGUAGAGUGAUAUGAUUGUGGAAAACAGUUUCAACGAAGGAUCUAGGGAGAAGAAAAGACCACUCAAAAGCAAGGAGGUAAGCAAGUUCAGAAAGAAAUCCUCAGGCCUUGCUCUACCAGUGGAGGCUGUGGGAGAGAUCGCUGACAUUAUAUUGCAGGAUAAAGUCAGCAUCAAUCGUGGGAAUGACUUAAUUGGGGAGGAACCAGUCACUAUCAGUGUUCAAGAGGGUACUGUUGAAUCUAAGGCUGAGCCUUUGCUGCAUGCUAGAGCUACAGAUGGAGACAAGGGAACGCGCCAAUGGAAGUCCAGCAUAUCCAUUGGAGGGCUAGCGGAGAGGCUAGCUUAGCAUGAUCUAGUGUGCCAGAUCAAUUGUUUGCAGCCUGGCAUUAUUUUGCUUCUUGACACGAAGCUUUCUGAGGAUGGUGUUCUGAAGGUGAACCUGCGUUUACCUAACUAUCUCGUUGUUUCUAAUGUGCAUGUAACAAGUCCAUGGGCUAGAGUUUUGAUGUUUUGGAAUCCUCAAAGCUUGGACGCGCUUGAAUGGAAAAUAUGCAAUCAUCGGAUUUGUGCUUGGCUACAAGAAAAGGGAUCAAGUAGAGCGUUUGGAGCUGCCCGUGUUUACCUUGAUCCGGAUUUUAG